AUGUUCAAAUUAAAAUUAACUGCGUUAGGACAUCCAAAUCCUGACAUCUUCAACUGUGAAGAUCUGAAAGAAUAUAGAAGCGUUGUCCUUUGGCUUGAAGACCAAAAAAUAAGACAUUAUAAAAUAGAAGAUAGAGAAGGCUUACGGAACAUCGAAAAUGACAGUUGGAAUGAGGCAUAUGAUUCAUAUCAAAGGGAUUUAGUAAGUCCUGUAGCAGAUGGGGCACCAAACGAACAAUUAAAUUGGCUUUUGUCGUAUGCUGUAAGAUUAGAAUAUGCUGAUAAUGUGACAAAAUAUAAAAACGCAAAAAUUGAUCAGCCAAAGAAAGCAGCACCAAAUGUUGUUUCAUCUAAUCCACUAGACAAUCUUAAUUUUUCAAGUCCUGCUUUUAUUAGCGGAGUAGAACGAGUAUGUGCACUGACUGGAGUUGGACCCCAUUCUGAUCCAAAGCUUCGGUUAGCGGCUGUAGCAAAAAUUUUAAAGACCUCUCCCCAUCCUGAUUACCCAAAAACAGAAGUGAGUGUAGUGCAGCAGCCAGGAGACGUCCUAAAGCUUCUAUUCAUACAAGACCUUCGAGAUUUGCAGACAAAAAUUAAUGAAGCUUUAGUUGCAGUACAAAGUGUAACUGCCGAUCCACGCACUGACACUACACUUGGAAGAGUGGGUAGA